CUGUGGACAAGCAAACUUACCUAGGUACAGACAAUGCGGUGAGAUUCAUGGUUCCAUCCGCAACUAGAUGUCCAUGCUCAAGAGCAUCGAUGAGACAACCACUGUGGCUGCGCUGAUCGUAGAUCGUCACAUGACUCCGCCAUUCUUCUGACCAUCUUAUCGAUAUGCUGGAUUUUGAAGUCAGUAUUCAUCCUGUGUGAUGAUGGUUGAGAUUGCGAUGGCGGACACCAAUCUCAGAACCCUGGCGAGUGUCACUCACGGCUUCAUCGACGAGGAUUUUGUGCCAGGAACGGUCAGGCUUGUAGACAUGUCCAGCGGCCGUGACCAACAGCAUGGCAAGAAAAUCGACGGCAUCAUCCCUGUGCCAAAUCCCAGCGCAGACCGCGACGAUCCAUUGAAUUGGUCUCCACGCCGAAAGUUGCUCUCACUCUGCUGUGUCAUCACCUAUGUGUUCUUCAACGGCUUCUCCAACAGUGUCAUCUAUUCCGUCAUUGUACCAUUGUCAGAAGCGCUCGAUCUCACAGUUGGAGAGAUCAAUGCCGGUACUGGCUAUUUGUUCCUCCUUGCAGGAUGGGGUCUCUUGUUCUGGCAACCAUUCGCACUGCAGUAUGGCAAGCGUUCGACAUAUCUCAUAUCCACAGCCGCCACAAUUGCCUUGACCAUGUGGGCUCCGUAUGCCCAAGGUCCCGGUCAGUGGUACGCCCGCGGUGUGUUGGCCGGUUUCUUCGCAGCGCCUACAGACGGCCUCGCCGAGAUCUCCAUCAGUGAUGUUUUCUUCACCCAUGAGCGUGGCACGUAUCUCGGCGUAUAUGCCAUCGCUCUUGCGGGCAGCAACUACUUUGCGCCUGUGAUCACGGGCUGGAUCAAUGAAGGACAAGGCUACCAAUGGGUGUUCUAUUAUCCAAGCAUUUUUUCUGGCUUCGCGUUCCUGUUCCUGUUCUUCUUCAUGGAAGAGGCGAAUUACGAUAGAUACGUACCAGACACGAAACACCUCAAGACGAUUGUGGAUGUCGGCCGGACCAGUUCCACAAGCGACUUUCGCGAAAAGGCAAGCCCAGAAACCAGCUCAAAGAAGACAUUCCGUCAGAAGCUUGCUUUGUGGGAUGCACCACGCCCUCAACGUAUGCUUUAUCGAGCGUGGCUCUCAAUCUACUUUCUCACCUGGCCGAUCAUUGUAUAUGCUGGCUUUCAGUAUGGGACAUAUGUCAUCUGGUUCAAUGCUCUCAAUGCCACUUCGUCUGAAGUCCUCUCUUCUCCACCAUACUCCUUCAACUCUGGUCUUGUCGGUACAGCAUACAUCAGCUGCCUCAUUGGGGUAGCUGGUGGUGCAAUCUACACAGGCUACCUCGCUGACAAGCUGGCGAUCUUCCUAGCCCGACGAAAUGGUGGGAUCAAAGAGCCUGAGCAACGAAUUUGGGCCUUUGCAAUUUUACCCUUGGUCGUGCCAGCUUCGUUGAUCUUAUGGGGUGUAGGUGCGGCUCAUGGAGUGCAUUGGUUCGGACUCGUGGUGGCGAUGUGCGGUUUGGCUUUCGCGAACGCCGCGGGCCUCACCUUGAGCAUCUCGUACCUAAUCGAUGCCUACAGAGAGAUCGGCAGCGAUGCUGUAACGACCGCCAUCAUCAUCCGCAACACGAUGGCUUUCGCGAUCAAUUACGCCAUCACACCGUGGUUAACGCUGGGUUUUCAAAACUGUUUCAUUACAGCAGCAGUUGUAGCGUUGAUUACAUCGAGCGCUUUCUUGUUCAUGAUCUGGAAAGGCAAGGACUUCCGAGCGCGAAGUCGCGUAAGGUAUUGGGGACUCGUUCGAAAACAUGUCGAUAUGGGAAUGAUCCAUUGAGUUUGUCCGGAUCUUCGACGGUGCCACAAUUCAGUGCCCGGUACCAAACAUCCAUAUGGCUCAAAUGUUAACAGUCUACGGUUGAGUUUAUGCCAUGUCUUUGUUCAUCACUUUUCAGAUUGAGCAAGUGAUGAGGAGUUUUACAGAUUGAAGCUUUGGUGGUUAAACCGAAAGCGCCAGAAUACCUAGGUGCUGUUUUAACUGGAGAAUACAACGUGGAAACCACAGCAAGCGAAAUCUUGACAUCGCCCCACAGAUUUUGCCUUCCACG